ACAAUAUUUCAAAGAGAAUUUAAGAGAAAUUCAUGAUGUUUGACAAGCUGCAUAACGGAAGAGAGGAAAUUGUUAUCAAAAACAUAUGUUUUAUCCGACAAAUUGCACUUUUGUUUAUUGUUAUCGUUUUUUUAAGCAUUCUAUGUUGUGUGCCUUUAAAUGUUGGAAGAAUCGGGCACCGUUUCGCUACGCAUUUGCCAAGAGGGCCAUGCUAAUGCGUUAGUGCUAAAUAGAGACUGCAAUAAAAUAGCUGUAGCAGGAAGAAGUCUACUCAAGGUCUUUGCAAUCAAUAAUGAUGGCUUCACCGAGGUGUGUAAUAUGCGCGGUGGUAAAAAUCAAAACCUUAGCUAUUCUUCCAAUGAUGUAGCCUGGAGCAGUUUGGAUACAAAUAUUUUGGCUACAGCCGCCACUAAUGGUGUGGUAUCCGUAUGGGAUCUUUCGAAAUUUGGCAAACAAAAACAAUGGUUGGUGUAUAAUGACCAUGAACGUACUGCCCAUGCUGUCACUUUUCAUAACACGGAAGUGAAUACGCUUAUUUCGGGUUCUCAGGAUGGUACUAUUAAAUGUUUUGAUACACGUACCGAAAAAGCCUGCAAUACGUUUUAUAGUAAUUCCGAGUCGGUAAGGGAUGUGAAAUUCAGUCCUCAUAGUAAUAAUCUAUUUUCGGCUGUUUUGGAAAAUGGUACUGUGCAACUGUGGGAUUUGAGAAGAACUGAGAAAUGUAUGCUACAAUUUCCUGCCCAUAUGGAGCCAAUUUAUACUUGUGAUUGGCAUCCUACACAAAAUUGGUUAGCAACUGGUAGUAGAGAUAAACAGAUAAAGAUUUGGAAUAUGGAAGGCAAAGCCUCACUGGAACAUACAAUACACACAAUAGCUGUCGUGGGCAGGGUUAAAUGGCGUCCGGAAAAAACAUUCCAUAUUGCCAGCUGUUCUCUAGUAGUUGAUUAUAGUAUACACAUUUGGGAUAUACGUCGUCCAUUUGUACCCUUCGCCUCCUUCAAUGAUCACACAGAUGUUACAACCGGCAUAGCGUGGAAAGGCAAUGAUCCUUAUUGUCUAUUAUCAACCAGUAAAGAUUCUACCAUAUACAAACAUGCUUUUAAGGAUGCUUCUCGUCCAGCUCUAAAAGCUAAUGUGCAAGGUGCUAGUUUAGGACGUAAAGGAGACAUAUCAUUUGCCAACAAGUUGAAGUUUUAUAUGCCUGUAACAGCGGCACAAGUCGUUAAAUCGAAUGCUAUGCUUACUAGACAAAAGUCCAUAACAGGUUUGGAACAGUUUCAUAUUGGUAAAUCUGAUAUGUGUAGAUUUUUAUUAAAUACAUCGCUCAUUGGCUACAUUGAUCCCGAGAACUCUUCCAUACCAAUUAAGGAACAUGAAUGUUUUAUAGGCUGUGCCAAAGAAUUAAUUUUGACUGGCAAAAAGCUGGCCGAUAUAUGCAAACACAAUGCAAAUGUGUGUCGCAAACAUGGCAAGCACAAUGCCACCACUCUUUGGAAUUUCAUAGAAAUUUGUUAUGCUUCCAAUGACAUGAAUAAACAAAAAUACGAACACCGUAAUUCGUUUUCAAAUCAAAAGAACGCCCAAAAUGUUCGUCGUACCGCCCAAGUGGUUAGUACUGAUGUCUCCAAAUGGGACCACAAUAAGAAUAAUAAUGUUAAUGGUUCCGAUGAUCAAAUCGACAUAAAAUCUCAAGAUGAUGAUAAUUUAACAGAUAGUGGUGGUUCUGGCGGCAAACAAACUUAUCCUCCGUAUGGCUCCGUUAUACUUACUGAGUCGCUAAUUUUAUCUGAAAUUACUUUUGAUAAUUUUGAAUCGCUGCGUAAUGGUUUCAUUUAUGUGGGUCCACCAGAUUUUACAAAAGCUUUGUCAUUGCCUGAAACGGCUUUACAUUGUGAUGUCAAGGCAGCCAGGCCUCAAUUGGAUAUAAAAGCGAAAAAUCGUGAUAAGACACCGCCUCCAAAUUUGCCGGCCGUUUUAAAAAUCUCCUCAAUACCUCCUAUACCAUUGUGGGAACCUCAUCAAUUUUUGGCAGAUGCCUUGAUGUUGCAAAAUGAUGUCGGUGAUGUUCAAACAGCCUUAACAAUUUUGAUUGUUAUGGGAGAGAAUCGUAAAUUUUUACCCAUUGAUGAAGAUUUAAUUGAACAUUGGUUUCAAACCUACAUCGAUCAAUUGCAUCGCUAUCAAAUGUGGAAUGAGGCCUGUACCAUUAUGAAUUUAUCAUGGCUGAGAUCCGUUCGUGACUUGAAUCAAAAAUCAACCGGUGUUCAUACAAAUUGUGGCGAUUGUGGUCGACCAUUGGGUGGCAGUAUGGGCUGGUAUUGUCAGAAAUGUAAAUCAAUGCGUUUGGCUAAAUGUUCUAUAUGCUGUUUGAUUGUAAGAGGUUUAUAUGCCUGGUGUCAAGGUUGUUCACAUGGUGGUCACAUAAAGCAUGUCAUGGAUUAUUUUGCCAAUCACUCAAAGUGUCCCAAAUGUGGCCAUUUGUGUGAGUAUAAUUAAUUUUAUGUAAAAUGACGAAAGAGUAACUAAUUUCGUUGUUUGAUUUUGUUUUCUAAAUCAUGUACUUACUAAGUUUAUGUUUACUAUCCAGAAAAAAAACAUGGUUACUAUUAAUUUUAAGACUUGAAAAUAAUUAAUUUCAUAAUGAUUUUUAUACAUACAAACAUAUAAUAAUGACAGAAUACAUACAUAAUAACUCUAAUAAUAAAAAUAUAUGUUUUUUCAAUUAAUAAAUGUACUUUUAAAAGGUAAAAUACAAA